CACUCCACCAGCAAACUUUCUUUCUCCCGGCUCAAAAUGAAUUUAUCCAAUGCUCGACCUCUUUCUGCACCAUUGGUGAAUCUUUCGGGCUUGAUCAAUUACGAGGAGGAAUGUCUACCGUUAAAGGGUCCAAUUCAUUCUGUGAUUGGCAACAGUGAUGAUCGAACUAAUAAUGGAUUAAUCCAAUUCAUAAGGAGCAAGAAAGUGAAAGAAUUACAUCUAUCAGAGGCGUUGAUAGUACCUGAAACCACAAGUAUUUAUGAAGCCUGCUGUCAGAUGGCUGCUCAAAGAGCUGAUGUUCUUGUACUUACUAACUCAGAUGCGUUUCUCUCUGGGUUAUUGACCAAGAAGGAUAUUGCUACAAGGGUUAGUGCUCAUGAGAUUGAUUUGGUGAACACACCUGUGUCAAAGGUGAUGACAGAGAACCCAUUUUUCGUUUUGUCUGAUACUCUUGUAGAGGAAGCCCUGAAUUACAUGGCGAAAGAACAAUUUAAACAGUUACCUGUUGUGGAGAAUGAUAAGGUUAUUGGUUUACUUGACCUGCUUUUAUCUUUAUUUGAUGAAACCGCAAAUACCGAAACAACAGUUGAAAAUUACGACAAGGUUGUAGAAGCGACAGUGCAAAGAGUCACACAGAGGGCUUUAACUGUGGUGGAAUUGCCUCCAGACUAUGCAAUGAUAAUACCUGAAACCGAAACUAUAUACGACGCCUGCUGUGAGAUGAUUAAACAUCGAAAUGAUGCUGUGGUACUCACUGGCUCAAAUGUGAUAUUCAGUGGUAUAUUGACAAAAAAGGAUAUUGUAACAAGAAUCAUUCCUUGUGGUAUCGAUAUUGUAAACACACCUGUCUCAAAGGUGAUGAGCAAGAAGCCAAUUUUUGUGUCCUAUGAUAGUCUUCCCGAGCAUAUCUUUCCAGAGAUUGUACUGCAAGGACAAGGGACACAUUUGCUUGUUCGAGAGAACAAUGAAGAUGGUGGUUUUAUUUACCAUUCACUGAGUAUACAGGGUGGUGUUCUCCCCAAUACAAGAACGACUAAUACAAAACAUAAAUUUCCCGAUGCUCCACAACAUACAUCUGUAGACCCCUCAGAGCAAUCAAGUAAACCACUCCAAGGUGUGAAUGGAAAUGUUGAUUGCUAUGAAACAGAUGGUCCUGGUCUUACACCUUUUGUGCACGUGUCCAAUUCACCAUAUCCCGACGUUGAUCCUUAUGAUAAAUUAGUCGUCCCUACAGUUGUGCCACGUCACCCGAAGCAAUCAAGCGAACCACUUUCAAGUGUUAAUGGCAAUGGCGAGUGGGAUGAAACAGAUGGACCUGGUCUUACACCUUUUGUGCAUGUGUCCAAUUCACCAUAUCCUAACGUUGAUCCUAAUGAGAUAUUUUCCGACCUUACAAACCCUGAGGAAUCAAGUGAACCAUUUCCAGGUGUUAUUAUCAACGAGGAGUCGGAAGAAAGUCAUGGUCCUGGUCUUACACCUUAUAGUCGUAUCAACAAUUCACCAUAUCCAAACGAUCAGUCUUUUGAUAAAUUAAUGGCCCCACCUCCACAACAUACAGAUGUACGUCCCCCGGAGCAAUCAAGUGACCCACCUCCAGGUGUUAAUAGUAACGACGAGUGGGAUGAGACUGAUGGUCCUGGUUUUACACCUUUUUCGCAAGUGACUAAUUCACCAUAUCCCAAUGAUUCUUGUGAGAAUUUAGUCGACCCAUCUCAACAAAAUACAACUGUACAUCCCUCGGACAAAUCGAGAAAUCCACUUCCAAGUGUCAGUGAAAAUGUUCCAUGGGAUGGGACUGAUGGUCCUGACAUUGCGCUUUCUGCUCAGGCGACUAUAGCUCCAAAUCUAAAUAAUCUUCUUCAUGAUUUAGUCCCCCCUCAACCACAAGCAAAUUUAGGUUCCCUUGAUGAAUCAAGUAAUCUACUUCAAGCUGUGAAUGGCAAGGGUGAUGAUAAGAAAAACAAAAAACCAUCCAUUAAUAUGUGGGUUUCAAUAGUAGAGAAGACAGUGGAGCAAAUGGGCAUAUCAGAGGCCUUGAUAGUAUCUCCAUCCAUAACUAUUUAUGAAGCUUGCUAUCAGAUGAGUGCUCAUAGAGCUAAUGUUCUUGUAGUCACCGACUUAAAUGGGUUACCAACUGGGAUACUAACAUACAAGGAUAUUGUAAAAACAGUGAUUGCUUCUGAGAUUCAUUUGGUGAACACACCUAUCUCAAAGGUGAUGUCAAAGAACCCAUCUUGUGUGAUGUCUGAUACACUCUUUGUGAAUGCACUUAAAGAGAUGGAAGAUAAAAGCUUUAAACAAUUACCAGUUACUCAGAAGAAUGGCAAGGUAAUCGGUUUAUUUUAUAAUAUGGGGAUGUCCGAUCUUACUAAAUUCGAGAAAGUUAUAGAAGCUGCAGCACGAGGAUUUUCUCCGAGGGGUCUGAAAAUGAAGCAGAUGCCUUUACAGCACGCCUUGAUGGUACCUGGAACAACAACAAUCUAUGAAGCAUGUUGUCGGAUGGCUGCUGGAAAAUUUGAGGUUGUAGUACUCACCAACAUACAUGGAUUCUUGAUGGGUAUAUUGACAAAAAAGGAUAUUGUAACACAAGUCAUUCCUAAUGCAAUUGAUAUUCAAAAAACAUCUGUAUCGAAGGUGAUGAAAAAAAACCGAAUAUGGGUGUCUUGUGAUUCUCUUCCUGUGGAAACCAUGGAAGAUAUUGUGAGAAGUGUAUGUUUAGAUUUUCUUGUUAUAGAAAAUGGCGAGGAUAAUGAAUUACUUUAUCUUCCGUUGGAUGGAUGUUUUCCUUAUUAAUGGAUAUCAUAUUCUCGUUAUUCUAAAGUCGAUGAUGGGUAAGCUUUUGAAUUUUGUGUCUACACCCACUAAUGUGAGUUAAUUACUAAAGAACACAUGUCCCCUAAUACCUUAUUGUAAUUUUUAGUUUU